ACUCAGCUUCAAUAACGCGCUCAAUGAAGAGCUCCAACUUUAUGUCCAUAUCUUGCUUGCAAAACCAUAAUCAUGGUGGAUUUGAUGGAUUACAAUCUAUCAACUCGGAGUUUUCUAUGAUGGGCAAUAACAUGAAUAAUAAUGGUUAUCUUGGCACUGGAAUUGAGAAUUAUUAUAUGGAGCAGCUUGGUUAUGGAAGCAUGGAUGUUUCCUCUCAAUUGUCUUACGUUUCUCCAGUUUCAUACUCAUCCUUGAUGCCUAUGCCAAUGGAAAAUCUCGAGCUUGCAUCUCCUCCUCACUUGGUGGAUUAUCGUUGGAGCUCUCCCUGUGACGACUUUAUCAAGAAUGACAUUCUUUUAGCUCAACCUUACAAACCAACGAUCAAAGAUGUAAGGAAGUGUGUCACCGGGGCUAAGCUUGCACAAAGAAAUAGUGUGUUUAGUAACAUGGCAAGCCUUGAAGGCUCCAGAACAAGUAAGAAAAGGAAAGUGAUUGAGCAAUUUGUUGAUACUCGAAAAUUCAAGAUGCAAGCACCAGUUAAGAGGAGCCAAAAGUUAAGUGACAAAAUUUCUGCUCUUCAGGAACUUGUAUCACCUUAUGGAAAGACAGACACUGCUUCAGUUCUCCAAGAGGCUUGUAUCUACAUCAAGAUAAUUCAUCAAGAAAUUCGGAGGCUAAGCAUCUCCUAUUUUGAGGUAAGGUCAUCACUUCAAUCACAGUUACAGGGUGAUGCAGAGAGGCAAAGUGACCUACAAAGUAAAGGACUGUGCUUGGUUCCAGUAUCAAUCAUGAAGAGUAUAACAAGAGAAAGUUGGGGUGGUGCUGGUGAUCAUCACACAGCAUCAAGAACCUCUAGGAGAUCUACAUAUAUUUGAUUUGGAUUCCUCAUAACUAUCUUCAUAUAGUUGAUAUAUACAUGUAUAGAGAACAAUCUAGUACAUAAAAGGUUUUGUAUACAUUAAAUGAUUCUCCUAAUUAACCAUUUCCUUGUGAAAUGUAGAUUGAUAAA